CAUUUUUCAAACCGAAUGGAUCGAGUCUGAUGAAUAAUCCACCCAUGAACUGCUCUACUCUAAACUCGAGAGUUGAGAUAUUUAUCCAUCAUCUCCCAAAUCCCAUCUCCAAAUCUAAUUAGUAUACACUUUCAAGUUCCAAAUUCGUUCCCUUUUUUCUCUCUCUCCCCUCACAUCAACAAUGGCGAAACGAUCGACGACUUCAUGGAUAACACCACUGACCUCUUUCUUACUUCCUAGAAAUGGCGAUGCACUCUGGUACUCACUCGCCAUUCUCUCUCUUCUCUCUCUCCUCCUUCACCACCUUUCUCUCUCCACUUACGCCGUACCUUCCACCCCUCAAUUUGAGGGAUUCGGCGAUGAGUUUGAUGAACUCGAUGACUCAAUUGACGACUCACCGAUUCAUAUCACUGAUCUUCCCCCUUCUCCUACCUUAACUCAGUCUGAUUCCCAAACUCAUCAUGGCCCGCCUCCUACUCCUUUAGAUUCUAAAUCUCAACCCACUGAUUCUCCUAAACCCACUUCUAGAUUUGAUUAUUGGGAUGAAGAUGAAUUUGAAGGUAUUCCUACUGAUUUACAAUCUGCUCCUGAAUCAGAUGAAACUAAUCAAGAUUCUGAAACCCUAGAAUCUGAUGUUUCUGAAAAAACUACCCAUGAUCAAAUUUUGGUUUCUGAAAAGUCUUUGAUCUCGAGAUUUUUUAUUGAGAUUAUAUGCGUGAGUUUUUUGAUUGUGUUUGCGAUUAAUUAUUUUACUGGGAAGAAAGAGAAUGAGAAUUUGGCAUUGGCUUGGGCUGCAAAGUUUGCUACCAAAGAUACUAUUUUUGAUAAGAAUUUUUCAUUACUGGGGGUUGGUGAAGGGGUGGAUUCUCCAUUGUUGUUGAAAGAAGGUCAAAAUGUGUUUAAGUUUUAUGCCAGUGGUAGGCGGUAUUGUCAAGGUCUGUUGGCUACUAUGGAGUUGAAGAGUAGACCUGAUUUGAUAUCAAGGAUUUAUAAUUCUGUUGUGCCUUGUAAAGAUGAGAUUCACUUUGAGGUUUAUAUGAAUGAUGAAGCUAUGGAUCAGGUAGUUUUUGCUGUAGCUAAGAAGAAGGCGGCUAAAGCUAUGCUUAAGGAGCUGCCUGAUCUUCAGAGAUUUGCUUCUUUGAUGCCUACACCGAGUAACAGGAAGUGGGUGUCCGAUGAGUUGAGUGUUAUCUCGGAAUCAAAGGAAGUUGCUGGUGAAUUAAUCAAUGAGACUGUUCUUGAUCAGGUCUUGGGAGAGAAAGCGUUUGAGAAGUUCGGAAAGUAUUUUAUUUCAAUGCAUUUCUCAGAUCAACAAUCAGGAAACCACAAAAAGAAAUUGAUGUUUAAGUUUGCUCUUCCCAAUCAGAAAAACAUGGCCGACAUGUCUCGGCUUGUAGCUUUGGUGCCGUAUUACAUUGAUUUAGUUGGAAAAUACAAAUUGAGUUCACAGGCACGCUCCAAAACUGAUGCAACUAGGGUCAAGGCUGCCCAAGAGGCAUACAAGGAGCUCCAGAAUGCUAGGCAAGAUGCCUUGCAAAGGAAGAAGGCCGAGAAGAAGAAGAUGGAGGAGGCAGAAGCGAAGCUGAGUGCCGAGGGAAUUCGCAAGAAAGAAGCUAAGGAACGUGCUCGUCAGAUGAAGAAGGCAAUGCCAAAAAUGAAAAUGACUCGAACUUGAAGCUCAGUUUCGUAUGGUGAUUGUACGACUCGUGCCUUUAUGUCUUGGAUCAUCGCUAGUAUGUUCUCUAUGUAGAAUAAUGGCCCUUUUUAUGAGAUAAUUUGUGUAUUUGAAGAUGUAUGAGCAACUAUUUUCGACGUUACGAUAUCUCUCAUCAGUCAUUACUUUGAUGUAGUUAGAUUACACUUCCUAGUUCUUUAGGGUUUUUUUGGAACUAAAGCAUUAUUCAAAAUGCAGCUCUAUUUGACUUAAUAAGCUAUUGUUUUUAUUAUUUGAUGAAGGUAACAUUUAUUCAAA